AGCUCGCAGUCUCCGCUGCUGCCCGUACAGCUUCCCAUAUGAUUGCAUGGAGCCAGGCAGCAGCCUGCACUGACUGAGCCAUACACCGGCACAUAGUAGGACUGAGGAGCAAGUGCAGGGAGAGCACAGUGCCAGGAGGGCACACAGCUGGCUGGAGGAGUAACUUUUACCCUGCAGGGGGAGACUCGUGCCAGCCUGGCAGUGCCAGCCACUGGGGCACACUCAGUUUUGGAAUACAGGAGAUGCCCCUGGGACAUGUAAUUUUGCAGAGGAUUUGACAUGACCUGCAUCAUGGGGAUGUGUGGAACUAGGAGACAGCUCUGCUUUGGAUGGCUGAGCCUGCUGUGGGCAGUGGGCACACUUCAAGGAGCUUGCUGCCAGUCAGUGUGCACGGGAACGGAGAACAAACUCAGCUCUCUCUCGGAUUUGGACCAGCAGUACAAGGCCCUGCGCAAGUAUUAUGAAAACUGUGAAGUGGUGAUGGGUAAUCUGGAGAUCACCAGCAUCGAGCACGGACGCAACCUCAGUUUUCUGCGGUCCAUUCGAGAAGUGACGGGAUAUGUCCUUGUUGCUCUGAAUCAAUUUGACUACCUCCCUCUGGAGAACUUGCGCAUCAUUCGUGGAACCAAGCUGUAUGAGGACCGCUACGCACUGGUCGUCUUCCUGAAUUACCUAAAGGAUGGAAAAUUGGGGCUACGGGAGCUAGGUUUAAGAAAUCUGACCGAGAUCCUGAAUGGUGGAGUGUACCUAGAUCAGAAUGACUUCCUUUGUUAUGCGGAUACCAUCAACUGGCAGGACAUUGUCCGCAAUCCAAACGCCACCUUGUUCCCGAUGAACAAGAAUCCAAAUUGUGGGAAAUGUCCGAAAGCGUGUCCUGAACACUGCUGGGGGCCGUCAGAGAACCAGUGCCAAAGACUGACGAAGAUUGUGUGCGCUGAACAGUGUGACGGCCACUGCUAUGGGCCUUACGUUAGUAAUUGCUGUCACCGGGAAUGCGCAGGAGGCUGCUCCGGACCUAAAGACACUGACUGCUUUGCCUGCCUGAAAUUUAAUGAUAGCGGCUCCUGCGUCACUCAGUGCCCUCAGCCCAAUAUAUACAAUCCAACCGCCUUUCAACUGGAGCAGAACCCUAAGGCCAAAUACACGUAUGGAGCUUUCUGUGUCAACAAAUGUCCACAUAAUUUUGUUGUGGACGACAGCUCUUGUGUACGUGCCUGUCCAAGUAACAAGAUGGAAGUAGAGGAGAACGGGAUCAAGAUGUGUAAGCCGUGCGCGGGAAUCUGUCCAAAAGUGUGUGACGGCAUUGGAACAGUGUCCCUGAAAUCAUCUCAAACUGUGGAUUCAAGCAACAUUGACAAGUUCAUAAACUGCACCAAGAUCAACGGGAACCUUCUAUUCCUCGUCACUGGCAUUGAGGGGGAUGAGUACCACAAUAUAGCUGCACUGGAUCCAGAGAAGCUGAACAUCUUCCGCACUGUUCGAGAAAUCACAGGUUAUCUUAAUAUACAGUCCUGGCCGAAAAAUAUGACGGACCUUAGUGUCUUUUCCAAUCUGGUCAGCAUUGGAGGACGAGAUUUAUACAGCGGGAUCUCACUGCUCAUCCUCAAACAGCACAGACUGCGAUCCCUACAGCUCCAGUCCCUCAAAGAGAUCAGCGCCGGCAACGUCUACAUCACCGAUAACCACAAUCUCUGCUACUACAAUACCAUCAACUGGACCUCGCUGUUCAGGACGUCCAACCAGAAGACCACCAUCAGAGACAACAAAAAAGCAGAGAACUGCACUACAGAAGGAAUGGCGUGUCAUCCUCUCUGCUCCACUGCGGGCUGCUGGGGACCGGGGGCUGGCCAAUGCUUGUCCUGCAAAUUCUUCAUUCGAGGGAAAUCCUGCGUCAGGUCCUGCAACCUUAGGUCUGGAGAGCCCCGGGAGUUCGCCAACGGUUCCGUUUGCCUGAAGUGUGACAGCCAAUGCGAGAAGACAGAGGGAGACACGCCCACCUGUUAUGGACUGGGUCCCGACCACUGCGAAAAAUGCUCCAACUUCAAAGAUGGGCCAAACUGUGUUGAGAAAUGCCCCGAAGGGCUCCAAGGGGCGCACAGCUUCAUCUUUAAAUAUGCAGAUGAGGAUAAAGAAUGUCGUCCCUGCCACGCAAACUGCACCGAGGGGUGUAGAGGGCCCCGUAUCAAGGACUGCAUUGGAAUCAUUGAUAGGACUCCCCUGAUCGCAGCAAGUGUUAUUGGAGGGUUAUUUAUCAUAGUCAUCAUGGGGCUGACCUUCGCAGUCUAUAGUAGAAGAAAAAGCAUUAAGAAGAAGAGAGCUUUGCGGAGGUUCCUGGAGACAGAGUUAGUAGAACCGCUAACACCAAGCGGCACAGCACCAAACCAGGCUCAGCUUAGGAUCCUGAAGGAAACGGAGCUGAAAAGAGUGAAAAUCUUAGGUUCCGGUGCUUUCGGCACAGUGUACAAGGGCAUCUGGGUACCGGAGGGGGAGACUGUAAAGAUCCCCGUGGCUAUUAAGAUUCUGAACGAGACUACAGGGCCCAAAGCCAAUGCUGAAUUCAUGGAUGAGGCGCUGAUUAUGGCCAGCAUGGAUCAUCCCCACCUGGUGCGCUUACUAGGCGUCUGUCUGAGUCCCACUAUUCAACUGGUCACCCAACUGAUGCCCCACGGGUGCCUACUGGACUACGUGCACGAACACAAGGACAACAUUGGUUCCCAGCUCCUUCUCAAUUGGUGCGUCCAGAUAGCGAAGGGUAUGAUGUACCUGGAGGAACGGCGAUUGGUGCACAGGGACCUCGCAGCCCGGAAUGUUCUGGUAAAGUCUCCCAACCAUGUGAAGAUUACAGACUUUGGACUGGCACGUCUACUAGAAGGAGAUGAAAAGGAAUACAACGCUGAUGGCGGCAAAAUGCCAGUUAAGUGGAUGGCCCUGGAGUGCAUUCACUACCGGAAGUUCACCCAUCAGAGCGAUGUCUGGAGUUAUGGAGUAACUAUAUGGGAGCUGAUGACGUUUGGUGGAAAGCCUUACGAUGGUAUUCCAACACGAGAAAUCCCUGAUAUUCUGGAGAAAGGGGAGAGACUUCCUCAGCCUCCCGUCUGCACCAUUGAUGUCUAUAUGGUCAUGGUGAAGUGUUGGAUGAUCGAUGCUGACAGUCGCCCCAAAUUUAAAGAGCUGGCUGCAGAAUUCUCCAGGAUGGCGAGAGACCCUCAGCGAUACCUUGUCAUACAGGGGGAUGACCGUAUGAAGCUCCCAAGUCCUAAUCACAGCAAAUUCUUCCAAAACCUCCUGGAUGAUGAAGAUCUGGAAGAUAUGAUAGAUGCGGAGGAAUAUCUUGUGCCCCAAGCCUUCAACAUCCCACCUCCGAUUUAUACCUCUAGGACAAGAAUCGACUCUAAUAGAAGUGAAAUUGGACACAGCCCUCCUCCUGCCUACACCCCUAUGUCAGGAAAUCAGUUUGUGUACAGAGAUGGCGGCUACACCACUCAAGAGUCAGUGACCCUGCCAUACAGACCAGCUGCGUGCCCCAUACCAGAGGUCCCUCCGGUCCAGGGUGCAAACGCUGAAGCCUUUGAAGACACCUGCUGUAAUGGAACGCUGCGCAAGCAGAACCCAGUGCGAGCGCCAGAAGAAAGCGUGCUGCAGAGGUACAGCGCCGACCCAACCUCGUUUAUUCGAGAGCGCACCGCUCAAGGCAUUGUAGGGGAAGAUGGCUACAUGACUCCCAUGAUAGACAAACCUAAGACAGACUACUUGAGUCCAGUGGAAGAGAAUCCUUUUGUCUCAAGAAGAAAAAAUGGUGAUCUACAAGCUUUGGAUAACCCGGAAUAUCACAACGGACCCAGCGGGAAGCCCAAAUCAGAGGAAGAAUAUGUCAACGAGCACCUAUAUCUUAACUCUUUUGCCAAGCCCAUGGAAAAUGCAGAAUACCUGAAAAACAAUGGACUUACCGUGCCAGAAAAAGCCAAGAAGACGUUUGAUAACCCGGAAUAUUGGAACCAUAGCUUGCCACCCAGGAGCACCAUGCAGCACCCAGAUUACCUGCACGAGUAUAGCACAAAAUACUUUUAUAAGCAAAAUGGACGUAUCCGGCCAGUAGUGGCUGAAAACCCAGAGUACCUGACCGAGUUCACUCUGAAGCCAGGCACUGUCCUCCCCCCUCCUCCUUACAGGCACCGGAACACUGUUGUGUAGGCGUUUCAGUAUUAUUCAUAUAGGGAGAAACCCCAAUUCUCUUGGAUUCCUUGAGCCCGCCCUCUGUAAUAGCCACCUCACUUCCUCAGGUGUGCUUCCUCUCCAUGCCAGAUCACUCCCAUAAGAAGGUGGAAGGAUGCUCCUGGUUAUGUUUAUUGUUAUUUAUUAAAGAGAGCACUUGAUGAAGUAUCCAGACCCAGCAGCUCACACAGUCUUGGCUAUUAUCCAGUGACCAGACACUGACCACUCAACAGUAGAUCCACUGAUAAUGUCAACUUUUACGUUCCUACUUAACAGAUACUGUACAUCAGUGUUUUCAGCUCGAAUCACUAUUUCAUGCACAAGAACACCAAAUACUCGUACAUUUGUUGAAAUGUAUUUCCUCUAUAUUAAUAUAUAUGGGUACUGGAAGCUCCAAUAGGUUUAUCAUAGCUUUACCAUUUAAGAUUGGUUGCUACUGAGUACCAUAGUACAUAGAAACGCACUGACAUGUAGAAAUAUGGUUUGAGCUGAAAUAUAUUGUAGUAGAACCCUCUAGUUAUGACGUAAAAGGUGAAAAUAUCUGGUUCUCCUUCGUACUCUGAGUUGAUCUUGAAGCCUAUGACAAAGACAGUGUUGAUUAUGAAACAUAUGGGGCAGAGAAAAUCUGACGUUCCAGGUCUGAGGAUACAGUGUCCCUAUCAUGGUAGAACCAAGACAUUCUCAUUUGUGUCACGACAACGUUCUUUGACAUGAGAUGACGCAAUAUGUAUAUAUAAUAUCUUUGGUCUGAUUCAGCCUUGUCCAGUUAAUGGCAAUGCAAUUAACGGUGAGAUAUGGUAUCUGCCGAACGGUGAAAGAAGUCCAAGCUCUGUUUAUAUAAUAUUAUCAUUCUUUUUUUUUUACCCUUCCUAAAUCACAAUAUUUAAUGCCAUACAGUGUCAAAAGCCAGGAAUUUGUAGCCUCCAAGCCGUGUCUCCAUUGUUUCCAUAUCUAAGCCACAAUAUAGAACAUUUCAACCACUGGCACCAACAAAAGCCCCUUUAAGUGUCAUCAAGACGGUAAUGAGAGAAGAUUGCAAUCCUUUUGGCCUAAGAAGAAUGGCUUCCAGUGGAUAUUAUAUUACAACAAGUAUAAUUGUUUUAAAGUUCUGAUUUUAACACACUUCAACCAGCUGAGAUACGAGAGACCUGAGCCAGAUAUGACAAUGGAGAUGUUAUGUUAUAUUGGGGACUAGGACAUUCUUGGCCACUGGGGAGUUGAACGUUCGAACUGUAGGGAAGACUUAAUGCAGCAGGGAUUUGCAGACUUUAGUCCAGAAAGUCAGUUUUGCACUUAAGACUGUAGUGUCUCUUUUGUCCUUUGACAGACUGUUGUAUGUUUCUUUUCUUUUUUCUCUUCGUAUGUUGUUUUGUGUUUUUGGAUUUUCAAUGAAGCAAUAUGGAGGCAACCAGCAGAAUCAAACAAUGUACACAAAGACUAUGGACGUGCCAAAACAAAUGAAUAUUAUUCGUAAUAACAUAAAGAAGUCAGUAUAAAUUCUUUUGAAGAUAAGCUACAGAAUGAUAGAUCAUGUAAUGGGUUAGGCAGAUUAUUAAUGAGAAUUAUUGCAAGGGUCAAGUGCAUGAAUGGGAGAUUUCAGUCUUUACUAACAGUACAACAUUAUUUUUCAUACAAGUUCACAGUUCCUAAAGCUAAACUCUAUGACCUGUUUUGCUUUUGACUCCUCCUAUAAUAAGCUGCCCCCUAUUUAUGGAUGGGAGGGCAAUAUACUAACUCAGACUUAAAAGCACUUUAAGGUCUUCCUGCUGUUUGACUUGCUAGUUUUGAGAUGAACAUCUCUUAUGUGUUAUAUCAGUGACUGUUCAAUGUUUUAAAAAGCUCGUAUGACCACCACCAUAUGUCUGUUGUGGAGGUUAAUAAUCUACGGUGUUGGGGAAGAUUGGUUUUAGGAGUUAUGCUGCUUCUAGGCCAAUCUCUUUGAGAACCUGCAAUUCCCGCUAAGAUAUAGGGACACGUAGAGUCCCUGGGAAAAAGAACCCAAGAACAAACUUACUUCAUUUGAUUAUGAGGUCUUUAUUUCUUAAAAAAUAUAUAUAUCUAUACAAAAAAUUUUCAUUUAAAUGGGGUUUCGGGAGGGUUAGAUAUCUUCUGAGAAGCACAGACAUGCAAAUACCUCUCAUUGUUUUCUUAUCAUACCUUAUUAAGUUUAUCAGUUGUUUUCAGUUCUGUUUGUGUUACGUAUAGAAUCUGUAUGGGUAGUACAGUAUGUAAAGAAAUGCCAGUACAUAUAGUAUCCUUAAUAUAGCUAAAUUCAGCACAGUAUUACAGAUAAGUAUAUAUACAUAUAUAGACACCCACCCACCCACAAACAAACAUAAAUACUGAUCUAUGUGAAUAUAAUAAUUGGGCUGGAAUACACAAAAUUGGCAACCAGGUCCCCUAAUGUAGAUACAUUCACGGAGAAGACUUCAUGGUAGCUAAAUUGUAGACAUUUCUGUCCCUUUGAAAUAAAGUAAAAUUCAUGAACAUUAACAGGAACGGUAAAUAAAAUAAGAGGAAUGACCAAAGUGCUAUAAGAAAUUAUACCUUCAUGCACAGAUAACAUACUUUGGUCUGCAGCUCCUGAAUUGCACAAAACUGCUAUAGGCCAAUAUCUCCUGCGUGGUUGCUUAGCAGACACUUGUGCUGAGCAUGAAGUGGUGCAAAGAGUUCUACAGAACAGGGCCGUGGCCAAACCAUGAAGAGCAUUUUGUCCGAGAGUCUGGACAACCUCAGCAUACAACUUUUAAAAAGUAACAACGGAGACAACAUAUGUCAAGACACUACAGUGCCAAACUAUGGUUUACCACCCUCAUCGCAUUUUGUGUAUAUAAUAAUCCGCAUCAACACUGCCAGCUGUUUAGCACCAUUCACGAUGAGGAAAAUCUCUUCUCCGCAAAUUGAUUGCAUGGUUUGUAGAUUUGGAUUUGUGCAUUAGGAUUGAACUGCAUCUCUGAGUCUAACAAGGCAAACGAAUAACCCUCUUGUCAGUUGGGCGGACUGCAAUGAUCUUUGGAACAAUUAUGUACUAUGGACUCACCCAACGUAAGAGGACCGUCAAAAUCUAUUUUGGAAGCCAAUUGCACCCAGUGAACGUAAUGUGAAUCACAAAAAUGAUUUAUAAAGUGCAGUCAUCCUUUGCACUGAUGGUAUCAUGAUAUUAUGUAGCAUGGGUAUCCGGACUCUAGGUCGACACUGUCUAGGUCGACACCCAUUGAUCGACAUUGAGUAGGUCGACACCUGAAAUAGGUCGACACAACCAUUAGGCCGACCUGAACAAGGUCGACAUAGAAAAAAAGGUUGACAUGAGUUUUUCACAUUUUUAAAAUUUUUUUGAACUUUUUCAUACUUUAUGAUCCACGUGGACUACAAUCGGGAACGGUAACCUGUGCCGAGCGCAGCGAGGCACCUUGCCUGAAGCUCACUCGCCAUGCGAGGGGACAUGGUGCACUAAUUGGGGUUCCCCGUCACUUUACGAAGAAAACGACAACAAAAAAACAUUAAAAACUCAUGUCGACUUUUUUUUUUUCCAUGGCCAUGACGACCCAUUUCUUGUGUCGACCUAGUCACUGUCGACCAAUAGGUGUCGACCUAGACACUGUGUACCCUGAGUCCCAUACCCUGUAGCAUUAACUAGUACUGCUGUAAAAUGGGUCGAUUAUUAUUUAAUCCCAUUGUGUAUGGAGGAAUUUGUACAGAAACUUUGCAGACUCUUCUGUGUGGGGUAUUUAACAGAGCAGCUCUAAGAGAAUGGCAGCUAAAUAGGAAAGCAAAGCAUCUGACAUGAGAAAUACACUUGUAGUGUAACCUAGCAUCUAUAUUAAUCAUGGGCAGAGACAGAAAAUAAUAUUGAUCCCUUCCUCAGCAUCUACGCUUGAGAUACAACAGGAAUACUGUUAGCUACACAAAACGCUAUGGUUACCACCACGUUCCAGCUGGAAGUAUUUAAUUGGCCAGUUUGGACCUUGGUGUCCACAAACCAGAAGAUUAUAUUUAUUUAGGAAUGACCUCUUACAAAUUUAUCUCUACGUGGUUAUAUAUCUUUUUAGUUGGUUCUUGUUUUAUAGAACUGCAUAUAGUAAUAUCCCAUUAAGAUCAAUAUAUUAUGAUGGAGAAGAAUUUGAUCACCUGCUGGUGGUAAAAUUGCCAUAAUGCAGUUCCUUUUGUGAAGAUUAAUGCCUAAUCGCGGGCACAUCACUUAUUCUUUUAAUUGCUGUUUUAAGAGGCGCAUAAUGAGAUUUGGGAUUUUAAUCAUCUUAAUUUAAACGCUCCAUUGUUUUAUAUAUUCCCUUGUUCUGAUGUUUAAAUUGUUCAAUUUUAGACGCAUGGUCUUUUUUAUUUUUUAUUUUGACCAAUCUCUAGUAAUAUGUUCCAUUUUAAUAUCACAUUUCCAUGGUUAUUACAGCUUACUUAUGCUACGCUAUGUAGGGCACAGCCACCCACCUGCCUGAAACUUUGCCAUUAUGUAAGGUCAUUGUCUCCAAGCUGUAGUUACUAGCAACGUCUGUUCUUUAGUUUUCACUCCCUUGAGAAAGUACAAUGAAUCUGUUUUCAGACUGUAAGUGAUAAUGAAAAUCACCUACCAUGUGUACAGUUUCAACCAACGGGCCGGAAUUCGGAGUUCGGCGGCUGUGCGGGGUGCCAGCUGGACGCGGACAUUUUUUUUAAAGGGGCAAUCACUUACAAGACAUGGUUUUGCCUUGUAAGUAAAUGCGUCUUUAAAAAGAAAGUCAGAAUUCAGAUAGCAUCCCACAUGCCCCCCACACUCGGGUGCCAUUACAUCCAGUCCAAUAUAUCAGUCAUAUUAUACAUCAUAGAUAGGUGGCUGAUGACCCAUUAUAUGUUAUUUCUCACAUGUAGCUUUUUUUAUGUGUUUGGAAAGGUUUUUUUUUUCAAUACAGUGAAGUUGUAGUAAGCUCAAAUAUUAUAAUCCCUUAAGAAGUUUAACUGGAAGGCGCAAAGUACAUCCUAGUAUAACUAGGGGGGGAAAGAUCUCUGUGUGAAUUAAAGACCUUGCAGAGGGGAAAAGGAUGUACAAACAAAGAACGCCUCAUUAAAGUACACCUUUCUGUUUUAAUUAUCUCAUUUAAAUGAUUCCAUCCUGUGAAAGAAAACCAUUUAUUCACUUUGCAAGAAACGCGUCAGCUUCAUGAAACUCCCAUCAAACUUCUGCAGCUGGUGCAACUGUCCAAACAUAGGACGACAUCCCAAAAGUAAAAAAAAAAUGUUUGCGUCGGCUUUACAAUUUCAAAUUUUGCAGCUUGUAGUUGACCAUUAUUGAAGAUCGCAGAACAGUGCAACACCCAUGUAAGAUGUAUACAUGCUAGUUGUAUAAUGUGGCUUUUAGUUGCAGAGUCGGAACACUGUAACGCGUUUUCAAAUUACUGGUCAUAUGGAAUUUAGGGGGACAUGUACUAAGCAGUGAUAAAAGUGGAGAAGUGAGCCAGUGGAGAAGUUGGUCAUUGCUAACCAAUCAGCAUAGGCGUAACAUUUAUAAUUUGUAUACUGUAAAAGUAUACAGAGCAGCUGAUUGGUUGCCAUGGGCAACUUCUCCACUGGCUCACCUCCACUUUUAUCACUGCUUAGUACAUGCCCCCCUAAGUUUGGAACAAUUUGACAUUUUAACCCUUUCAAGCUACCCGUGUGUUGCCCCGCUUCUGCUCUCUUAUCUAGCUGCCUUUUAAAUGUAUACAAAAAAAAAAGAAGAAACAAAAUGUGUAUGUUACUCAGAAAAUGUGAAUAGUAUUUUUAUAGCUUGUCAGAAAUACAGCCAGUGGAAUUUGUACAUAAGGGUGGGUAAUUUCUUCAUUCACAGACAUCUUUCUUUGGAACGUAGCUGCUCUUCCCUUUUGGUUUGAAUAUAUUUAUGUACAGCUGGUGGUUUAAAUUUACGUAUUUUUAUUAUUAUUAUUUUGCUCACUCUUGGUGUUACUUUUAUUUUUUUUACAUUACUUGUGAUUCUGUUGCCGUGGCUUGCUUAGUCCCCGCACUUGCUUUGAUUAUUCUCCAUGUGAGUGCUCCCCGCUGUUCUAAGAAAUCCCCUUUGGUUACUGUAAUUUUUUUCAAUGAGGGACUGUUCCCUGCCCUCGCACGUACACCCCUUCCCUGCCAAGGGCGAUCCACUACCCGCAGGAUCUCCUUGGCAGGGAAAGGGGCAUUGCAGGUUCCGUUUUAACUUUUUAAUAUAGUAUUAUUUCUUAGAUUUUUAUUCUUUAUGUUGUAAUUUCAUGUGAGGAGUUUUGAUUAAUGUUGUACUUGUUGUGACUUGAUUCAUUGCUUAUGUAUUGUUCAAAUGCAUUUUAAAGGGAGCUAUGAAUGCUGCCUUAUCUAAUUAAAUUUUUACAUGAGAUCCUUGGUAUCUAACCUGCACACCACACCACCAUCUGCAGAGCUUCUGAUUUAAUAUCUGUUUAUGUCCACCCUCGGCCAACAAUGACAGCUAGAAGCAUCUCUGUAGGAUGAUCAUUGGUGGUGUCAGAUCCUCGCUAGGGAACCCAAAUUCAGGUGAACAAAGAAUAAUUAUUUGGGGAUUUCUGCUUCAGUUCUUUUAACCUCAGUGCUACUUACUGGCUCAGCAAUGCAUCGCUCUUUAAUGGUGACAACCUACCUUACAGAAGGAGAGAUGUGUCAACUUUUGGAGAGAGAUAAAGUGGAGAAGUUGCCAAAACUACCAGUCACCUUCUGGCUAUCAUUUAUCAAGUACAUUUUAUAAAUGAAAGCCAGUGGCACAUUUGUUGCUAUGGGCAACUUUUCCACUCUUCCUCAAUAGAAAGGUUCGAUACAACUCCCCCUAUGUGUGGCAAUAUAGGUAUGGUAUCUCCAUCACUCUAUACUAGAAGACAAUAAACAACUUCUAUUAUGACUCCCUAUUAUAUGAACAUCAUUCAGGUGUAUGUACAGGAACUUCCUUCAUCAGUAAUUUAUCCAUUAUACAAUAUUCUGUUUCCUGUUCUCGAUACGUAUAUAUCAUUUUCCUCUGACCUUCCAUCUGGAACUUCCAUCAUCAGUAAUUAAUCCAUUACACAAUAUUCUGCCCCUGUUCUCGAUACGUCUAUAUUCACCUGGCCUACAUUAAUGACCACUUUUUGCCAUUUUUAGGUCAAAUUUACACUCAACCUAUUCAAUGCCCGUACCGGUUUUUCGACUUGUCGAAAAAUCCGGCACUGGCUAAAAACCGUUUUUUGGCGAAAUUUUCGCCCAUGCCGAUUCGACCCAAAAAAAUAGUGAAACAGCAUUGGUGAAAAUGGAUUAAAAAAUGGGGGAUAACGCCUGCAAUUGAAUACCCUAUGUCGAAUUACCUAUGUCGAAUUAGUGCUGUUUUUGUGACCAGUCGAAAAAACUGCACUUAAUUGAAUACCCCCCCUAAGGAGCGGAUUCAGUCAGCCAUGACUACUUACUGUGGGCUAAUUGAUCUGACUGGGCUAUUCAAUUAUAGUCCGCAGGCUGCAGUUAAAGUGGAUUUCUGUUUGAGCCUGAAGAAAUCCGCAUUAAAUUCACUGAUCACGGGUGUCGUCAAGCUUUUAACCCAUAGCUCUGAGAACGUAUCCCAGAUUCUGUGGGUUAGUGCACGGUAGCGGGUGAGGAAUAAGUGUUGUAAUGGAAUAGUCCUGGCAUUUAAAGCCUGGGGCUACCACCCUCUUCUCGGCGUGGUGAAUUACCAUAUGCAAUUGAAUCCGGCCCUAAAAGGGAAUUAAGAUAAUUGUGUCAGGUGAUAAAACAGGAGAGUAUCCUCUUUGAAGUGAAAUGGAAAGUUCAAAAAAAUUCAAGUUAUAGAAAAAUAAAAUAAAUUAUGCCCUCAACUUUAGAAUCUAAAUAGUAACCCCCUGUAUUGCCCUAAAAUGAGCCUAAUUCAUAAAACUGCAUUUACGUCACUCUUUAACACUACUUAUCUUUAGUAUUAAUCCAACUCUAACUGGAAGCUUAGUUAAUGCGCUAACUCUAUCCUAACGUUCUGAUAGUGUUCUGAUCCUACUCCUAAAACUAUGAUGUGCCAGCUAUCCUUACACAGAGUAACGCUGAUCUUGUUUUACCAGAAAACUAUUAUAUACUGUACAGAACAUUUUACUUUGAGAUACAGUACAGUCACCAGUUUCCUCUAGUGUUUGGCGAGAUGGAUAGGGGCCUACAAUUGUGAUCUUUGCUCAAGGCCUAUCCAUGUAUUAAGGCCGUGCAUGUGAUUAAUACAUAUGUAUGCAAUGCAGUGAAAGUUAUAUAUGUACAAAAACACCACUAGCUUCCCACGGAUGUAUUCUCUUUCCAAAUUCAAGGAGCUCUUUAUAAUUUGAGGAACCUUUUCCCAGUAAUUUUCAUGUUAUUUUAAUUAGAUCAAUGCCCUACUAAAUAUGUACUAAUCAAUAAUUUUGGGUUGUCUUGGUGCAUAUUUCAAUUUAUUGAAAAAAGGUAAGGAUACCUACUUAUAAAAAGAAACAGCUAAAUUCCUCCUAUUAAUGGGUAGAAAUGAUUUAGGGUACAUAGCCAUUAUAAGUUCCACGCCACAUCCGUCCUUCGCCCCUUCCCAGAACCAGACUGAGUAGUGCAUUGCUGAUGGCAUGAUGCAGCACAUGGUAAAAAAGGAAUCAUAGUUUAAGUAAGUUACUGUCCGGGUCAUGUUUUGAGUCUGUUUCAAGUUAAAAGGAUCACCUGAAAUUUGUUGGGUGUUUUCUUCACCACCUUUAUGCAGAUUGCACAGCCAAACAAUGUAUUAAAAUGUUCUAUAGUUCAUUGUGAUUAUAUAGUGUAGCCCAAGCCUGUAAGCUGCCAUUUUGUGGUAAAUCUUAAAUAUUCAUGAAAAUCUAGACUAUCAAGUCAGUAUAAAAAAUACUGAUACAAAACCGUAUUGAGGCAUUUUGUCAAUUGCUUAAUAUGUUCUCAUGUACAGUAUAUUUUUCAUUCCAAAACCUUCUCCAGAACAGUCAUGUCACAAAACAGCUGCCUCCCCAUGAACCUUGUUUUUGUCACAAAAUGGCUGCCCACACUGUGUCCAAAUGACAAUUAAACCUUUUAGCAAACCAACAUCAUCUUAUUUUUAAUUUACCACUAAUAUUAUUUAUGAGAAAAAUGAAUAUUACAACACUGUGGAGUGUAUGUAGGAAGAAUUGCACCAAUGCCCACAUAAAUAACAUUCGUUAUCACCUCAUAUCUCUGCCAUUUUUAAUGUUUUUCAGUAACAGUUUACUAUCAGCCAGAGGCUGUAACAUGACUCCAGUAAAACCCCAUUUGUGCCAUGAGCAAAAAGUAAAGUGGUAUUUAAAGCUAUGGGGGAGAUUUAUCAAAGGUUGGAGAAAGAUAAUGUGGACAGACAUUAAGUAUUUCCUGCAUUGUGCUGUCAAAUGAGCGCUCACGAUUCUCACAUUUGGAAACAGAUAAAGUACCAGCCAAUCAGCUCCGAGCGACCAUGUUACAGGCUGUGUUUGAAAAAUGACAGGAGCUGAUUGGUUGGUAACUUUUUUUGUCUUAAACCUGCAAAAACAGCUGUUUCUGCAUGUUUUAAGCACAGCAAUAGUUUGAUAAAUAGGACCUUUUGCCAUUAAUGCUACAGCUUUGGGCAGCUAGUUUAAGGAGUGAUAACUAUGGGGGAUAUUUCUCAAAGCUUUCAGAUAAAGUGGAGAGAGAAAAAGUACCAACCAAUCAUCUCCUGUAAUUCUUCAAACACAGCCUGUAAAAUGACAGUUAAGAGCUGAUUGGUUGGUUCUUUAUCUCUCUCCAAGCGUUGAUCAAUCUCCUCCUAUGUCUGCAUAGUUUUCCAGUUACAGUUAUUGGGGGUCAGUCUGACCCGUUUGCUAGCUGCUUUUUAUCGCAGCCGAGCAAGCGGGUACCCAUUGCGAAGGCCGUAGCCGGGCUGCGAUCGCCUCAGUCUGAUUGACAGGCAGAGGUGGUUGCUGGGCGGGAGUGGGCGGAACGGCGGCCAUUUUGUGGGCGCGAUCCGGCCAACGCAGGCGUGGCCGGACUGUGAGGGAAGUGGCCCGCAGCGGCUGCGUGACGUCAUACGCAGCUGCUGCGGACCGGGGAGCGACGAGUAGCUCCCGGCC